GCAGCAGCAGCACUAUCUGUAAAAAGAAUUAUGGAGCCUGUUCCCUUCCACCGUUAUAUAUGUGACCUGAAUCUCCAUGCCCUCCCUAGAGUGGUGAAGGUCUGUUCGGGAGUCUACUUCCAAGGGUCUGUUUAUGAACUUUCAGGCAGCGAGUGCUGCCUGUCAACAGGAGAUCUGAUGAAAAUUGUAGAUGUUCAACUCCAGGAGGUCAUCUGUAAGAAUAUGAAAAGUGGACAUGUUUCUGUGCUUCCACCAGCUUUUAAAGGUUAUUUUCAACCCAGCUCCGUGCCACCGUAUCAAAGGAAACCUUCCAUUCCAACUUCCCUCUUCUGUAAGGACAAGGGUUUAGGUCCUCAAGAAAAAAAACUCUUCACACUUUUGGAAGUUUUGCAAUCUUCAACCAUGAGGCACCUAAGGCUAAAGUGUGAUGAAAUUAGCAAGGAUGACUUUCAGCUUUAUCCUGUUUAUAAAGUAAAAGUAAUAAUGCACUUUCGAAAGGAUGUAGUGACAAUCAACUCAGUACUGGAUAUUGAGGUAAUUGAUGUCACUGAAGAGUCUCAGCACAUCCAGUUUAUCAAGCCACUGAUGCUGAGUGAGGUCUUAGCAAUGGAUGAGGUGCUGCCCGUAGAGGCUGAGAUCCUUGAGGGCCCAGGAAACCCAUCUGUCUUCCAGAGCAAAUGGGUCUCCCACCUUCACCAGGGCCAGAGGUUACACAUCCAUAACAAGGCAUCGUCCCAGAAGAUACUGGCCUCCGCUCGCAAAAGCAAGAGCCAGACCUGCUAUUUUCUCAUCUCCAGCAACUAUGAAGGUUGUUUCCGAAGAUGCCCGCGCAAAUUCAGCAGCACUUCAGAGUUGGCCCUCAGCUUGGCCACAACCAAGCAAAUUCAUGUAGUGGUCACCAAGGACCAUGAGAACACUGAAGGGGAAUUUCCCUUGUUCAGUGUAGGUGACCGGCUAGAGGUGUUGGGGCUAGCGAAAGCUAGUGAUCUUUCAGCAGUCGACCUGCUUGUCUGUUGUAGAGACAAUGGAGAUGAGGACAAAGAGCAGAUACAGAUACCCCUAUUCUUGGAAGCCGGCUUUGUGGAGGAUGUCCGUGACAGCAGGAAAUACACCCUCAGUGAAGCAGCAGAAUACCUACACUUGCCUUGUGAAGUGAAGGUGAUAGCCAGUGAUCACAAUGCACAUCCACUAGGCUGCAUCUCCUUCCUGACUUUGCAGGCCCAGAUCACAAAACCUUUCCUCACCGUCAGUCUGGCUGAGAACCCAAACCUCACAUUUGAGCUUCAUCCAGAAUGGCUAGACAUCUCUCUCGCCUUCACGGAAGGCUCAGCAAAGCCCACACCUCCCACCAGACCACCCACUGUUGAAGAGCUGUCUGAGGCACUUUAUUACCAGUUGCUAAAGAAACUGCCCAGCAAUGCGCCAGCACCCCCAAGACCCCCAAAGCAUAAGGAUUCUACGUCCAGUUGUCUCCAGGGGCCUAACAAAGGGCAGAAAGCAGCAGAAUCUUCCAAGCACUGCCUGUCUUCUAGCGAGGUCAACAGCGUGUCUCAACGAUCUGCAAAGCUUUCCUUCCUGAAGUCUAUGCGAAUAAGGGCAGAUCAUGAUACCCAGAACAAUUCAAACCAGCAUAUCACAGAAAAUAGACAUCAGAGAUUUCAGAAGGUCACAAAUAUUCCUUCCAAGAAAACCACAGGAACAGCCUUCUGUGAUGAUUCCAACCAUGACUAUGAAGAAGUAAAUGAAGAAAUGAAUGUAACAAUCCACAGAAUGCAAAACGCAACUAUUUAAUACUGAGAAGCAUCUACAGCGCCAUAGCCAUCUUUCCUUCUCAUUUUCCCCCAUUGUUUUUAACCAGCAGCUGGCAGCCUUCCUUUCAAAUUGCAAAACACUGCACUGUGGGG